AUGACAAUUGUGAAUUUUCGACAACCUCAGCGGAAGAAAAAGUCGACGGAUGAUCAAAAAUCUGCAGAACAUAGCACUGGCCCUUUGAGGACGGCGAACAAAAAUCCGUCGUCGAUUGAUCGAAGUUUGACAACACUAUCCUCGGACAUAUCAAGCAAGAAUGACAAACAGGCGUUCGACGAGACUUCGCAUAAGCAAAGUGCUAAGUCUCAUCAGAAGCAAAAGUUUUUCGACGAGUUGAUUCAGCGCGAGGGAAGCGUCGAGACGCUUUUACAGACGAAAAAGCCGGCCAAAACAAUUUACGACGUCGACGUAAUGACACCCGAAGAUAUUAGAAAAUCUCUAGCUCGAAUCGACGCCAACACGGCCAAGCCAUUUUCUUUCCUUACCGAUAUUAUCGACGAUCCACAAAAUGAGAAGCGAAAACUGACAACGCAGGGUAAUUGCGACCAGGAACUGAACCCGUCUGAUAUCGACCUUCAACUAGCGUCGCUAGUAAAACGCGUAGAGCUGAAUCGUACACUGUUGGAAAAGACGAAUCAGCGAAUCAAAGACAUAAACUUUAUAACGGAAAGAAACAGGAUGGUUUCAUUGAGAGACAUGAACUACGACGAGGACUCGUUUUUGCUAAUGAAAGAAGCUGGUGAUAUGAAAAGGCCUGUCUCACCCGCCGAUUUAUCGUCGGUGUCUCACCCAGCAAUAGACGAGCUUCAACAGACGAUUAGCUCGACCAUCAAGAUGUUGGAGUACGUACAUAAAAUGUCCAACGAAGAUUUGGCGUUAGAAGAAAUUCCUUCGGAGUUGACAGAUUAUUUGAAUGUCCCGAUCAUAACGGCCGGUGAAAACUAUUUUAUCAUUCGUCAUUUCCAGUACACAGUGUCGCCGCAUAUUUCGUUAUAUCAAGAAUAUGCUUACAGUUUUCAAUAUUUCAAAGCAGACGAUAUUCAUAAAUUUUCUUGCAACAAUGAUUAUUCUAACAAUGAGAAUAAUAAACAAUAUGUUUUGUCAAUAAAUAUAAUAACAUUACAUCAAGCGGAUUUGGCAGAGCUCGGAGCUGGUGCAAAAAUCGGACCCAUACACCAGCUGGUUAAAUAUUACAAUAUAAUAUACGAUUAA